AAAUGUCAUUUUCAUGUGAGAAUUUUUAGGUUAUAAUUUUGUUGUUAUUGCUCAUUUAUUCUACUUUUCAGAAAUAUUCUGAAUUAAAAUGGACGUGGAACAGUUUAUAGAGCGAACAAACUUCUCCAUGCUUGAAGGUAAAAUAGACAGAAGAAUUCUACAAGCCCUAAACUAUAUGGGUUUGCAGAAACCUACGGUGAUUCAAGCCCAGGCCCUACCACAUCUUCUCCAGGGAAAAGACUUCAUUGGGGCCGCAAAGACUGGCAGCGGCAAAACACUGGCCUUCCUCAUUCCAGUGGUAGAUCAACUGAUUAAACUUGGGUUCGCUAAGAAACAUGGCACAGGAUGCAUAAUACUGUCACCGACGAGGGAGCUAGCUCUCCAGACUUGUGCGGUGCUGAAGAAACUCCUCGUAGACACAGAUUUAACUCAUGCUCUUAUUGUUGGAGGGGAGAAGAAAUUAAAAGAUAUAAAAUCUUUGAGUGGAGGUAUAAACAUAGUAGUGAGUACACCAGGCAGAUUGCUAGACCACCUGCAGAGUACUAAAGAAUUCAACUGUAAAAACCUGAAAUGCCUAGUAGUUGAUGAGGCGGACAAACUUCUAGAGGCUGGCUUUGAGCAACAUGUUACAGGAAUUAUUAAGCUAUUGCCAAAGACUCGCCAAACAGUGUUAUUCAGUGCAACAAUAGACCAUAAAGUUAAGAAUCUAGCAAGACUGGCACUGAGGAGUGAUCCUGUAAUAGUGUCAGUUACUGAUGAGCAACAAUCUACUGUCACUGGACUGCAACAGGGGUAUUACAUUUGUCCAAUGGAUAUGAGAAUACCCUGGUUAUUCAAGAUGCUGAAGAAAAGUAAAAAGCAAAAAGUCAUGGUGUUCUUUUCUUCAUGCAAAUCUGUAGAUUUUCACUAUGAGUUCUUCAGGAAUUAUUGCAAAGCCUCUGUUAUUAGUAUUCAUGGUAAGCAAAGCCAACCACGACGGAAGGAAGCAUACCAGAGUUUCGUAGAAGCUACGAAGGGAGCCCUGUUCUGCACGGACGUGGCGGCGCGCGGCCUGGACAUACCAGCCGUGGACUGGAUCGUGCAGUACGACCCGCCUACUGACCCUAAGGAGUACAUUCACCGAGUGGGCCGGACGGCGCGAGGGCUCAACAACACGGGAAGCGCGGUGCUGUUGCUCAGGCCCGAAGAGGAAGACUUUGUCAGCUUCCUCCAGAAACAGAACGUGCCAUUAGAUAAAUACUCCUUUGAAGAGCCAUCUGAUGAGAUUCAGAAAAUGUUGCAAGAUUUGGUGCAAAACAACGGAGUUAUAAAAACACUGGCAAGAAGAGCUUACCUCUCGUUUCUAAGAUGCUACAAAGUCCAUCCACUGAAAAAGAUAUUCAACAUCAAGACCCUGGACCUGGCCUCGGCAGCGAAGGCAUUCGGAUUCUUAGACCCACCUCAUGUUGAUUUUCUAACUCUUGGAAAAAAGAAGAAAAAAUGACGUUAUAUGGAGUAGAAAAUGGAUCGAGUAUGUGUACAAGUACAACUACGAGUUGCGAACAGUUAUUAAACUUAUCAAGCAUACAUAAAUUGUGAUUACGAGUAUUUA